UAUUUGCACUCGACUCAAAGCCCCGAUAUAUUUUCUAUCCUUUUAGUCUUUCACCCAAAGCCCUAAUAAUGGCGAAACACGAGAGAAGCAAGAGCAGAGGCAGAAGAGACAAACCAUCUUCCUCUCGUAGAAGAAAACGCGACGAUUCCGUUUCCGAUUCCGAUUCCGAAUCGGCCGAGUCACAUUCCGAAUCCGAAUAUGACUCGGACUCCUCCCGCGACCGCAGCAGACACCGCCGGCGAAGCAACAGCCGCCGCCGAAAACGAGACUCCUCGCCGGAAUCCUCCCAAGAUUCCGGCGACCGGAGGAAGAGGAAGAAAAAGGUUUCGGAGGAAGAGAUAAAGGAGUACCUCGCGAAGAAGGCGCAGAAGAAGGCCAUGAGAGUAGCGAAGAAGCUCAAGACUCAGACCGUGUCAGGCUACUCCAACGAGUCGAAUCCUUUCGGCGAUGCGAACUUGAACGAGAAAUUUGUUUGGAGGAAGAAGAUUGAGAGAGAUGUUGGUGAAGGAGUGCCGUUGGAUGAGUUCACUGUGAGAGCGGAGAAGAAGCGGCAGAAGGAGCGAAUGACGGAGAUCGAAAAGGUGAAGAAGAGGAGAGAAGAGAGAGCGUUGGAGAAGGCGCAACGAGAAGAGGAGAUGCUUUUGUUGCAGAGAGAAAGGUCUAGAGCUGAAGCUGAUGAUUUUGAGAAGAAAGAGGAAGAGUUUCAUUUUGAUCAGAGUAAAGUUAGGUCUAGGAUUCGAUUGCGCGAGGGGAGAACGAAGCCGAUUGAUGUUCUUACUAAGUAUCUUGAUGAAUCGGAUGAAUUCGAUGUGGAAUUGGAUGAGCCUUAUAUGGUUUUCAAGGGCUUAACUGUUAAAGAAAUUGAGGAGCUACACGAUGAUAUAAAAUUGCAUCUUGGCCUAGACAGGGAAACACCAACUCAUGUGGAAUAUUGGGAGGCUUUGAUGGUGGUUUGUGAGUGGGAAUUGGGUGAAGCUAGGAGAAAGGAUGCAAUUGACCGAGCUAGAGUGCGUGGGGAGCAACCUCCUGCUGAGUUACUUGCGGAGGAAAGAGGCAUGCAUUCAAGUAUAGAAACAGAUGUUCGAAAUUUUUUGGAAGGCAAGAGCUACAAAGAGUUGUUAGAACUACAAGCACAAAUUGAGUCAGAAAUGCGCUCUGGAAAAGCCAAGGUGGUUGAGUAUUGGGAAGCUGUGGUUAAACGGCUUCACAUUUACAAGGCAAAGGCUUGUCUUAAAGAAAUCCAUGCCAAGCUGCUUAGGAAACAUUUGCACCGCCUUGAACGGCCUCUUCAGGAUGAAAACCUGAAAUCCGAGGAGGAAAAGAUAGAAGAGGAGGAAAUUGAGGAAGAAGUUGAAGAUGUACGAGCAUUUUCUCCAGAACCCAUCAUUCGUGAGGAAGCUCAGGAGUCAGAAGCAGAGGAUGGGUCCUUUUCUCCACAGCUCUUACAUGGUGAAGACACUGAAGAGGCCAUUGAUCCUGAUGAGGAUAGGGUUAUGCUGGAAAAGAAGCGUUUGGCGGUUACAGAGGAACAAAGGCUGAAGGAAGCUAUGGCCUCAAAACCACGUGCUCAGCCAGAGGAUGACCUUGAGGUCAGGGCAAGGAAACUUAUGGGAGCCGUGGAGGAUGGUGAUGUGGUAUUUGGUUCUGGUGCUGAAAUUAAUCUAGAUUCACAGGUGUACUGGUGGCAUGACAAAUAUCGCCCGAGAAAGCCAAAGUAUUUCAACCGUGUUCAUACCGGUUAUGAAUGGAACAAGUAUAACCAGACACAUUACGACCAUGAUAACCCUCCACCAAAGAUUGUCCAAGGAUACAAAUUCAACAUUUUCUACCCAGAUCUUGUUGAUAAAACUAAGGCACCCACAUAUUUUAUUGAGAAAGAUGGGGACAGCAGUGAGACCUGUAUUAUUAGGUUUCAUGCCGGCCCUCCUUAUGAGGACAUCGCCUUCAGGAUUGUGAAUAAAGAGUGGGAGUAUUCCCAUAAAAAGGGGUACAAAUGUACCUUUGAGAGAGGCAUAUUACAUGUGUAUUUCAACUUCAAGCGAUAUCGUUAUCGUAGGUGAAGAUAUCUCCACUCUGCAAGUGCAUGUGGAAGUUCACAGCUUGAUCUGCCCAAUUUUGAUACAAGUAAUGUUCAAAGAUGCAAUUGUUCGAAGAAAUGUAAAUAUCAUAUUAACAAGUUUUGUUUAGGAACUGUGACAAAGGUGUUCUUACUGUUGUACCAGUAUACGCCGCUCACUGACUGUCCUUUUUUACACCAAACAGUUUUCUUUUCCUGUCAAUUGUUCAAGUGAUAGUGAUUUCUUAGAAGCUUUAAGGUGCUGCUAUUUCAUCAGGUUUUGACUUCCCUUGAAACUUCUUCAGCUUUCACAAAAACUGUAUAAAUGAAAAAGAGAAAUUAAAGGAUAUAUGCAGAAA